AUUUGAGGGGCCGGGGCGUUGUGCCGUCCCGGUGGGAGCGGACCCGGCGCCCCCUCUUUCGGGCCUGCCCGGUGGUUGUUUCCGGAGGCGGGGACCGGCGCGGCGCGGGCCAGGCCGGUUCUCGGCUGCACGCGCAGCAGGAAGGAGAGGCGCUGCCGGGCCAUGCAGGCGGAGCGCGGCGGAGGCGGCGGCGGGCGGCCCAGGCGGGGAGGCUACAGGCAGGGCAGGAGGAGGCCCGGCGGCGGGGAUAGAGCAGCAGAAGGCGGCGGGGACGGACACAGCCGAGGAGGCGGGGGCCGCGGAAGAGGCGGCGCUCAUGGGCGCGGAGGAGGCGGGGGCCGAGGCAGGCGAGACCCUCGGAGCCGGGGGGCAGCGUCUCCCCCCCCUGCUCGCUACCACAGACGGGAGGAAGCUGCGUUGAAAAUGAUGAAAGGAACAUGUCUGAACAUGCAGGAUCUUCAGGCAGAUGAUGAUGAUGAUGAUGCUGAAUCACAAGAAGAAAAAAAGGAUGAACUGAGAGGCUAUUCAAAAAGAAAGAUAGUCUCCAACUGGAACCGUUAUGAAGGUGAAGAUGCUGAGAAAGAGGCACAAAAUGAAAGUGGAGAAUCUCAGAGAGGAACGGACUUCAGUGUUCUGCUUAGCUCAGCAGGAGAUUCCUUUACGCAGUUCCGAUUUGCGGAAGAAAAAGAAUGGGACACAGGAAGCAUAGGCCCUAAACAGCUAUCUGCACUUUACGUUGAUUGCCAGUCUUUGGUCCAGGCCCUUCAGGAGCUUCCUCUGCAUCUCAGGUUGAAUGUGGCUGCUGAAAUGGUGCAGGCAUCAACACCCACAGAACUCCCACAGAUAAAAUCUAAAAGUAUUGAAAACAGCAAGAGGAGAGUGACUCAGUUACAACCACCUUUGGGUCAAAGUGGAAUAGCAUCAAUCUCUGAUCCUGUUAGUGAUUCUGUUGUCCAUUUGAUGCCUUUAAGUAAAGAUGGACCGGGAACAACUUCUUCAGAAUCCUUUCAGAGAGGCUGUUCUGUGUCACAGCAAGAGGCAGAUAAUUUGGAUGAAGAACUAGAUUUACUGCUAAAUUUAGAUGCUCCUGUUCAUGUAGAAAACAACUUCCUGUCAGAAACCCACAACACGACAGCUGAGAGCAAUUUGAAAAUGGAAAAUGUUCCGCUCGAGUUAGAUGUGACUGAAGAAAUGAGUUCAGCAUCUGAACAGCAGAAAACUACAUCUAAAAACGUUACUGAGGAAGAGCUUGAAGAUUGGUUGGAUAGUAUGAUCUCCUAAAGCCCACAUUUCAUUGUCAUGCAAGUAAUUGAAAAAUAAAUGAACAUGGCAGAAGUUAAGUACAAAAUAUCAGUCUACAAGAAUUCACUGAACUAGCUGCUUCAUCUCAGUGAUUUAAUAUACUGAAUGCAUACUUUUAUUUCAGCCAAUAUCUGAAAUAACACAUUUGGAUAAAUUCUAAAUGAAUGUUAUCUAAGUGUUCUCUAAACAAAAAGGUCUAAAGUUACAAUUGUGUUCAUUAAGAAGGAUCUUGUAAUGAAAUUAGGAUUUUUUCAAAAACCUGUGCUUAUAAUGUAAGAUGCAAAAUAAUACACACUGACAGAGCAUUUGUUUCUACUUCUACUUGCUAUCUGUAGUUCCAAAAAUAAAAUAGUGUUAGUAAAUAUA